UGCAGCUUUUCACUCUUUUACAGUUCAGUUUGGUUGCAGAACAGGGUACUUGUCUUUCUCUCCUCCUCUCUCUCUUUCCUUCUCUUCCUCUGCCACCAACCAUGAGGAUCACCUUUGUGACAAUGGCCACGGCGAUGGUGUGUUUGAUGGGUGUCCAUGGAGACGUGCAGCCUCAGAGAGACUUCGACCUGCAGAGGUUUGCAGGGAAGUGGUACCGUGUGGGCCUGGCGUAUGACUCCCCAGGGUUUACUGCCCCAUACAGAGACAAGCUGAGAGUGUCCAUGGGCAUCCUGAAUCCACAGACCAACGGCGACGUCAACCUCACCAUGUGGACCCAGAGAUCAACAGGUUGCCGCAGUAAGCUUUACACGUAUGAGAAGACAGCGAUACCUGGCGCCUUCACCUAUUUCAGCACCCGCCAUAACAAAGUAAAGGACAUCACAGUAGUGGAGACCAACUAUAAUGAAUAUGCACUGGUCCUGAAGCACAAGAAGAUGGACAGAGAGUACACACAGGUGGCCCUCUAUGGUCGUUCUCAGAAGGUAAAGCCUGAAGUGAUUCAGAAAUUUAAAGACUUUGCCACAUCUCAUGGAUUUCCCAAGGACGCCAUUCUGACCCCACCACCUGCAGGUAGUAGCCUAAAGAACUGUCCUCCAUAUGGACGCUAAAGAUCAGAGCAACAUCAUGAUUACUCAUGGAUUCGCUUCGCCGCACCAGUUUCCCGGCACUCUCCUUUACACCACACGGUUCCACUGGGCAACAACAGAACCUCAACACGCUUUACCUCACAAGGGUGAAAUAGUAUAACCACUAAUGACAGAUGCACUCUUAGACAGCCCGUCUUAUUUGAUUACCAACAUCCUCUCUGAUGUCUGUCUGUCUCUUGUCCCCUCGGUACAACGGACAGUUAAAUUCGCCUUCCUUUCUGAAUCCGAUAAACAAGGGACGUCAUUGUCUUGUAUAACACUGCUAUGGCUGAAUAAAUUCUAGUGUUCCUCUG